CUGGAGGGUCGCGCGUGGGGUUCUCCAGUGGGUCCAGCAGGUUCGGGAGCGGCUGCCGAGGCUGGGCGGGCUCGGCGGGGCGUGGGGCGGGCCCCGGUGGGUGCGGAGGGGGCUCCGUGGGGCCUUGGGGGUGCCGCGCACCAUCCCCGGGCCCCUGCACACCGUGGGCAGCGAGCGGCCCUGGCCGGGGGGGCCAGAUUUGCUCGUUGUGCCGAGAUCCGUCCCCUCGUGUCGCCGCUGUCCACGGCGCCCUCUGUCACCCUUUCCCUCUCCCCAGCUCCCAUCGCCACCUCCAGCACCAUCUUCCAGCUGGGCUUCGAGCGGGCGCUGCGGAAGCAGAACAAGGAGCAGGUGCCCCCGGCCGCGGCCCCCGAGCCGCCGCAGCGGAAGCAGCACGCGGGGAAGAGCGGCAAGAAGCCCUCGGGGAACGACGCUGCAGCCAAACCGGGCAGGUGCCGCUCGCUGGAGGAAGCCUUGAAAGCCCUGGACCUGGUGGAUUUGCAGAAGGAAUUGGACAAGAGCCGGAGUGUGUUCCCUGAGAACCCCUCGGUGUGGGUGAAGGACCUGGCUGGGUACCUCAACUACAAGCUGCAGGCACCCAGGAGUGACCCCGUGCUGAGCCAGCACCCCCACGACUACCCGUACUGCCUGGUGAGCAAGGAGCUGAGGAGCAUCAUCCGGUCCCUGCUGGGAAAGGCCUCGAGUGUCCUGGAGCUCUUCUUUGACCACUGCAUCUACACCAUGCUGCAGGAGCUGGACAAGACCCCAGGGGAGUCACUGCAUGGGUACAGGAUCUGCAUCCAGGCACUUCUCCUGGCCAGGCCCCGGAUUGCCACCACCAACCUGGGCAAGUACCUGGAGGUGUUGCGCUCCCACCAGAACCGGCCGGCGAAGUGCCUCACCGUCCUCUGGGCGCUGGGGCAGGCCGGCUUCACUGACCUCCAUGAGGGCCUGAAAGUGUGGCUCGGCGUCAUGCUCCCGGUGCUCGGCAUCAAGUCCCUGUCGCCGUACGCCGUUUCCUACCUGGACCGGCUCCUGAUGAUGCACCCCAACCUCACCAAAGGCUUCGGCAUGAUCGGCCCCAAGGACUUCUUCCCCCUCCUGGACUUCGCCUUCAUGCCCAACAACUCACUGUCCCCCAGCCUGCAGGAGCAGCUGCGGCGCCUCUACCCCCGCCUGAAGGUUCUGGCGUUCGGCGCCCGGCCCGAGGCGGCCCUGCACACCUACUUCCCCUCCUUCCUCUCCCGGGCCACGCCUGCCUGCCCCCCUGCCAUGAAGAAGGAGCUUCUGACCUCCAUGAGCCAGUGCCUGAGCCUGGACCCACUGAGCUUCAGCGUCUGGAGGCAGCUCUACACCAAACACCUCGCUCAGUCCAGUUUGCUGCUGAACCAUCUCCUGGAGUCCUGGGAGAGCUGCAGCAAGAAGGUGCAUCAGUCACUGCAGGAAACGGUUCGCUCCUUCAAAGUGACAAACGAGGAGCUGGCGGCCAGGGGGGCCAGAGGGGACCAGGAUGUGGCCGCCUGUGACGCCGCCUGCAAGGAGCUGCUGCACAAGAUGAGGGGCCGGGGCUUCCCCUGGCCACGUCUGCUGCUCGUCCUGCUGGUCUUGGCCACUGGCUUCUUCCUGCACGACGUGCAGACACACGGCUCCUUCCAGGCCUCGUCUUCUGCUCGGCUGCUCCGCUCCUCCGGCAUCCUGCCUGCCUCCCAGCUGGCCUGGCAGAAGGUGUCCCUUGGCUGCCUGGAGGGGUACAGGUGGCUGGAGCACAGCCUGGCCCAGCACGGUUCUGUGGCCGUGUCUGUCCUGUGGCCACAGCUGGAGCUGCUGUGGGAAACGAGCGGGGAGCUGGCCCGGGAUGUGUCCCAGCAGUGCCACUCCCUGCUCUCCUGGCUCCAUGGCAGCCUGCCCUGGCUCAGCGACUGGUUCCAGAACCGGCUCCCCGAGUCGCUGCUGCACUUCGCCGAGUGCGUGCGGGAGCUGCUGCUGUUCGUGCUGCGGAGCUGCCUGGCACCGCUGCUGCAGGGCCUGGCUGCAGUGCUGCAGCGGGGCUGGCAGAGCUGCCUCGACUCCUGCAAUGGGGACGUGACGUGGGAGUGCGUGAGGGACCACUUGAUGAGCUUCACCUAUUCUUCCUGGGCUUACCUGCAAAACGCAACCCUGGCCCUCAAGAACUGGGCCCUGGCCAUGAUUUCUGGACACUGAGGUGCUCUCUGGAGGUCACACCACCUCCCCGAGUCCUGGCUGCCCAGGAGUAUCCAGAAUGCAGCAGGAUGCAGGACAGAGGCGUCGAGGGCAAUACCAUAGGAACUUUGGGUCAAAUCGGGGCUUUUGGGAAGGUUUAUUUUUUUGGAGGCUGGGGAGACACACAUCCAGGUUUUUCCACACCCAGCGACCACUUUGGGUUUCCCUAUCCUGCUGUCCCUGGGUGGGUGAUCCCCAUCCCCUUGUGUUUUGCCUGCUUACAGGAUCAGGGGUAAACACCUGGAGCCCCUCACCUUCCCACCCCUUCCUACCAAUGAAUGAACUGAUUUAUUUUAUUAUUUUUUCCUUAUAA